GUCCAGCGACCAUAAACAGGUUGGAAGAAGGACGGAGAGGCGCCGCCUUGGGCUUCGAAAACCAGCUUUCUUUGCACCUUGUGCCACGGCUGCCAGAGCUCCCUCCCUCAUUAUUAUCUCCCCCCCCCACGCUCGCAUUCCCAGAGAAAACGGGAGUGAUUCAGGAAGUGUGACGUAAGUUUUCCUCCACUUCGGGCCACCGUCACCAUGUCUGCUCCAGGUUACCCAGGCGGUCAUUCUGCACCCCCUUACCCAGCAGGGGGCUACCCAGACCCCGGUCAGGCCCCUCCUCCGGGCUUCAGCAUGGCUUACAACCAGGGCCAACCUGUCAUGUAUCAGCCGGGCCCGAUGGCUCCCAGUCCAGGACAGGGGCCGGAGUAUGGCGGCCCACCCAUGGGGAUCUCGCCGGCACCUGCUGCUGUCCCCGUUGGGGUCCCACCAGGACUGGAGUACCUGACCCAGCUCGAUCAGAUCCUGAUCCAUCAAAAAGUUGAGCUCCUGGAAGCGUUCAUCGGCUUCGAGACCAACAACCAGUACGAGAUCAAGAACAGCCUGGGCCAGAAGAUCUACAAGGCCAAGGAGAAGAACGACUGCUGCACGAGGAACUGCUGCGGCUCGCUGCGCAGCUUCGACAUGAAGAUCAAGGACAACAUGGACCGGGAAGUCAUCCGCCUCAUCCGGCCUUUCCGCUGCGUCUCCUGCUGGUGUCCCUGCUGCCUGCAAGAGAUGGAGGUCCAGGCCCCACCGGGGACCACCGUCGGCUACGUCAAACAGGACUGGCACCCUUGCCUGCCCAAGUUUUCCAUCCAGGGCCCAAACAAGGAGACUCUGAUGAAACUGGAUGGGCCCUGCUUCGCCUGUAACUGCUGUGGGGACGUCAACUUUGAGCUGAAGGGGAAGGAUGAACAAGUCAUCGGGCGCAUCAGCAAGCAGUGGAGCGGCCUUCUGAAGGAGGUCUUCACUGACACGGACAACUUCGGCAUCCAGUUCCCGCUGGACUUGGACGUGAAGAUGAAGGCCGUCCUCAUGGGCGCCUGCUUCCUCAUCGACUUCAUGUUCUUCGAGAAGGUGGGCGAGGCCAACCAGCGCAGCUCCGUGUUUUCGUAACUGAAGGAAAAAAGAACAGGAGGGCGGGGGCGGCGACAUGGACGGGCACGAUCAUCUGCUCGUCCUCCGUCUGUAGUUUUACGACCGUUCUUCUAGAAUCCAUUUACAGAUCAGAAACAAGAAGUUUGAGCUAAUUCUUUAUUGGAAAUCAGAGACGUAUGCGUUGUAAAUGUGCUUUCUGCUGCGUUGACGUUAACAUUUCAACCUCACGCUGCUCAUCUAUUAUCAUUAUCGAUGUUUUCUAACCCUGUUCGACUUUAUGAAGCCUUUAUACCGCCUGUAGUGGAGUGCAGUAUUGUUGUGAGUGUAGGAAACGUAUUAAUCUCUUCGUUUUUAAAGUUCUAGCUGAAGACCGCCGCUCACUUCUCUGCUCUCGUCCUCGGUUCUUUUGAUCGUAAAGGUCGCAGACCCCUGGUUUGCUCUCCGUCCAUAAACUUUCUCAUGCGUCGCUCAUAGCUUCUGACAAAAUGUUGCGUACACUUUUCACAACCCCGGCUUCGAGGUCAAACAUUAUACCAGGUUUUUGCUCGUCUGGGCCAUCGCUGUUGAACAGUUUGUCGACGGGCGUUUAACGUGCCGUGCUCUUAUUGUCAUUGAUGCUUUUGGUAAUCUCAGCUUCACCGAGCCGAUAAAAGGAAACGUUUUUUUUUUUUGGUUUGUGGGAGAAUAACGGGAAAAUAUGAAGAAGAUGGUGCACGCAGACGCUACUUCCUAACCGCUACUUCCUAACCGCUACUUCCUAA